GUAUUUGAGGCUCAGCGACACAAAUGCUACCAGUAUUGGCCACUCCAUGAGAACCAGCAGUUGAGCUUUGGCUGUCCUCAAAAAGGAGUUACCGGAUUUCCGGGUUUUGAGGUGACAAACAUAGGAAUUGUUUCAGGAAAGUCCUACACCCGGACAAGGCUUCUUCUUAAGUGUAUCAAGAAAUGCUUUUGA